AUGCUGAAGCCACCCAAAAAGAAAAAAAGCGGAAAAAAAGGAAAAAGCUCUGCUGGUUCAAAAACGCCAACCGUUAUAGAUGGAGUAUCUACUAAGGAAAUGUCAAAAGAACAGCUGGAAGAACAUAUUAUGAGGUUAAGAGAGGAAUUAGAACGUGAAAGGGAAGAAAGAAAUUACUUUCAACUUGAAAGAGAUAAAGUGAACAUAUUUUGGGAAAUAAGCAAACGGCAAUUGGAGGAAAGAUCUUCGGAGCUAAGAAAUAAAAGUAGAGAAAUCGAGGAAGCCGAAGAGCGCCACCAAUUAGAGCUCAAGGUGUAUAAACAAAAGGUUAAGCAUCUAUUAUAUGAACACCAAAAUAACAUUGCUGAACUUAAAGCUGAAUCGGUUGUUGCUAUUAAAAUUGCACAAGAAGAACAUGGUGAAAAAGAAGCUCAAUUAAAAUACGAUAAACGCGUUCUUAAACUUGAAAAUAAGGACAAACAAAUAUCGGGUGAAGAAAGUAUCAGAAACACUGUGAGAGAAUAUGAGGAAAAGCUUCUAAAAACUCGUCUAGAUUUUGAAAGGGAAUUGGAAGAAAUAGAGACCAAACAUGCAGCUAAAAUUAAAAAAAUCAAUGAUGAUCUUGAGCUAAGGAAAAAGAUGGAGCUUCAUGAAACUGAAGAACGCAAAAACCUCCAAAUAAACUCAUUGAUUAGAAGUCACGAAAAAGCUUUUUCAGAGAUAAAGAAUUAUUAUAAUGACAUAACCCUGAAUAAUCUGGCAUUAAUUAAUUCUCUUAAAAUUAAUGAGAGCUAUUUUUAA